AUGCAAAAUAUCGGAUAUCUCGAAAUUUCUCCUACAUCUCUCGAAUUUCUCAAAGAACAAGCAAUAGAUUGGGCAUUAUCUCAUGGCUUAAUUAUUCGCUCAAAUUCUAAUUUCUCUUCGACAGUGGUCCAUGCCCCAAUUUCCUUGUUUCCCUCACCGUUUCCUAAGAAAGAAUUUGAGUUAGCAUUAGAGCUACAACCGAUUUUUAACUUGUUAUUUCAUAAAUUAUCAAGGGAUCAUGAACUUAUUGAAAAAGUUGUUGGAGAAUUAAUAAAUGUCGAUGAUUUCAUCCAAAAGCUUUACAACAUAUAUCUCACCGUUAGGAAAGAAGGAAUUACACAGCAAAUUUCUUUAGGAUUACAUAGAUCAGAUUACAUUCUACAUAUGACUCCAAAUUCUACAGAUGCUCACAUUCAACAAGUUGAAUUCAAUACAAUUUCAUCUUCAUUUUCUAGUUUAUCAACAUUAACUAGUGAAUUGCAUAAGUAUCUUUUGGAGUCAACAAAAUAUUUUGAUGUGUCACCAGCACUUAAAAUUGAUGCGCUUCCAACAAAUGAGGCAAUGACUAAUUUGCCGAGAGGUAUCGCAAAGGCUCAUCAGCUUUAUGGCUCUAAAAACACUGCAGUGUUGAUGGUUGUUCAACCUGCAGAGCGAAAUGCUUUCGAUCAACGAUGGAUUGAAUAUAUACUAAUGAACAAUUAUAAGAUACACCUCAUUCGUAAAACUCUCUUUGAAAUCCAACGAGAUGGAAAAUUAGACAAAGAUACUAAAACAUUAAUUAUCGAUAAUAAAGAAAUCUGUGUUGUAUAUUUUCGAUCCGGAUACGGUCCCAAUGAUUAUCCAACUGAAAAGGAAUGGGAUGCAAGACUAUUAAUUGAGCGUUCAAAAGCAAUCAAAUGUCCUACUGUUGCUUAUCAACUUGUUGGUGCAAAAAAGAUACAACAAGUAUUGGCUAUUCCUGGUGUUCUUGAAAAAUAUAUAUCCAACCCGUCAGACAUAACUAAAUUACGAUCAUGUUUUACGGGUUUGUACCCACUAGACUCUAGUCCUGAAGGCGAAGCAGCUGCUAAACUUGCCUUGGAACAUCCUGAGCGAUUUGUGAUGAAACCACAACGUGAAGGCGGAGGAAACAAUAUAUAUACAAAAGAUAUUCCUCAAUUACUUAGACGUAUAACUCCAUUAGAACGAUCCUCUUAUAUAUUAAUGGAUUUAAUACAACCACCAAUGAUGAAGAAUAUUGUAAUAAGAGAAGGCAAAGUCAUUCAGGGUGAAAUGAUUUCAGAGCUGGGUAUUUAUGGUGUCUUCAUAGGAAGUAAUAACGGGGAUGAGGACGUAGUGAUUAAUGAGAUAGGUGGACAUUUGUUGAGAACUAAGGGUAAAGAAACAAAUGAGGGGGGGGUUGCUACAGGUUAUUCUGUUAUUGAUUCACCCUUAUUAAUUUAA